AUGGAGACUCUGGAUUCCAAAACAGGCGAAAUGUCAGCUUUAGAGAAGCAGAACCUCUCAGCAAAAGCGGCUGCGAAUUUUGCUAAGUUUUUUGGUGUCACUGGCAACUAUGAACAUAAGUACGAUGAUCAAGAGAUAAGCGGUUACCGCAGUCUGAUUAAGUCAAGUCGACUGAUAACGUUUGGAGGCCCAACUCUUCGCCUCAGUAACAUUUCUUUGCAUCAGUGGGAGCAGGGUUUGAUAAAUAACCUGGUGGCGGUGGAUCGUCGCGGUUGUCCACUCAAUGAGCUUAUUACUUCACGUGUAUUGCCGGAACUAAACGAGUUGAUAAUCAGAGGUUUGGCCAAGACGGUGGAAGUUGCCAUCCUUCGUUACUACGCCGCCAAUGCUGUCGUUGGCUGCUUGGAUCCCAAAUCUAUCUUCUACGACAAGGAUGCCAAUAUUCAAGCAGAUCACUGUGAUAGCACAGAUCGACAUGAAGACGGCCUUGAUUCGACAACCACUUUGCUGCUUGGUGGUGUCUUUACACGAUGUAAAGGUGAUGAAAGCCUUUGUACAGGGCUUGGGCUGGCCAAUCCAAAGACUGGAGAUUUCAGCUGUGAACCAGGAUACAUCGAGAUCCAGCUGAUACCAAAACAGGCAAUUAAGUUUUUUCCUCAGCUUAUCAAUAAUCGGUUAUAUAUUGGUCGGUGUGCCGAGGAGUGUAACUCAAGCUGGAUCUACGGCACGAACUGCCAGCAGCACUGCUCGACUACCGAAACUUUCUGGUGCUCCCUGGAUCCCGAACAAGCCAUGGACAUGGCACCCAGCAGUCCUGACGGCAGGAGUGAGGUGACCGACGACUUGGGCCUGCUUUUCGGAGGCCUUUACUCGACCGACAUGAUCAACCCUGUUACACAGACACAGACCUGCCCACCCUACUUUUUCCCGCUACCCUUGUUUCCAGGUGACCCAGGUAAUGGAGGAAUCGCAGGUUCCACUGGCCUGCAUAUUUGCGUGUCAGCCGACCGCGAACUGGGCGGAGAGUAUGCUCUGCCGUUUGGCGGUUUCUAUGCCUGUCAGGCUGGCAAUCCGUUGGCCAUCCUGGCUGAUAUUUCAACCCGCAAAUCGGGCUCCACCGAAGGACAAGGAAAUACAAGAGAGGAGCAAAAGCCAAAGACUAGGAUGAAUAAAACUCCGAAUAUGGAAGACAAUGAUGAAAAGGUUAAAAGAACCGAAAUCCGGUUUGUAGAACCAUGGCGAAAUCUGUAUUUGUCAGCAGAAAAGAGGCUGAAGCAUGUGGUAGGCAAGCAAAUCAAGCGAAAUCAUUCCGACAUAACUCCGUGGAGAAGGACAAUGAAUCCAGAAGAUGUUUCCUUGCUCGUUAACCAAGAGUUUUGGCCUAAAAGAUGUCCACCAGGAUAUACUUCACAUCUUGCUGUUAUGCUCAACGCUUGUCAAGUAAGUGGAGGGACAAGUAGGUAA